AUGGCUUUUGUGAUUUAUGACAUUUAUCAGUUUUUCACAAAAAAGUAUGCCUUUGUGUAUAUCUUCUCUUCAGCUUCACUUUUUCAUCCAUACUUACAGAACCCGAAGGAUUGCAGCAAAGCUAAGAAACUUGUGUGUAAUAUCAACAAAGGCUGUGGCUAUGGUUGUCAACUUCAUCAUGUAGUCUACUGCUUCAUGAUAGCUUAUGGCACUCAGCGAACACUCAUUUUGGAGUCUCAGAAUUGGCGCUAUGCUACUGGUGGCUGGGAGACUGUAUUUAGGCCUGUAAGCGAGACAUGUACUGACAGAUCAGGUACCACCACUGGACACUGGUCAGGUGAGGCUAAUGAUAAAGAUGUUCAGGUGGUGGAACUUCCCAUUGUUGACAGCUUACACCCACGGCCACCUUAUUUACCGUUGGCUAUCCCCGAAGACCUGGCUGAUAGGCUAAUUCGCGUACAUGGGGAUCCUGCAGUGUGGUGGGUCUCGCAGUUUGUCAAAUACUUGAUUCGUCCACAGCCUUGGUUAGAAAAAGAAAUAGAGGAAGCCACAAAGAAACUUGGUUUCAAACAUCCAGUGAUCGGUGUUCACGUCCGAAGGACAGACAAAGUAGGAACAGAGGCAGCAUUUCAUCCCAUUGAAGAAUAUAUGGUACAUGUUGAAGAGCGAUUUGAACUUCUUGCUCGCAGAAUGCAUGUUGACAAAAAAAGAGUGUAUUUGGCUACAGAUGACCCUUCAUUGUUGCAAGAGGCAAAAUCCAAGUAUCCAAAUUAUGAAUUUAUCAGUGAUAACUCCAUAUCCUGGUCAGCAGGACUUCAUAACCGAUACACUGAAAACUCCCUAAGAGGUGUUAUUCUGGAUAUUCACUUUUUGUCUCAGGCAGACUUCCUGGUCUGUACAUUUUCGUCCCAGGUUUGUCGAGUUGCCUAUGAAAUUAUGCAGACAUUGCAUCCAGAUGCUUCAGCAUAUUUCCAUUCUUUGGAUGAUAUCUACUACUUUGGGGGACAGAACGCCCACAACCAGAUUGCUGUUUAUGCUCAUCAUCCACGAACUGCUGAUGAAAUUCCUAUGGAACCUGGAGAUAUAAUUGGAGUAGCCGGAAACCACUGGGAUGGUUAUUCAAAAGGCAUCAAUAGGAAAUUAGGAAGAACAGGCCUGUACCCGUCCUAUAAAGUUAAGGAGAAAAUUGAGACAGUCAAGUAUCCUACAUACCCAGAAGCUGACAAGUAGAUUAAAAAGAAGACAUUCAGCAGUAAUUCUCAAUCUUGAUUGGUUCGAACCAGUCAAUACACUAACUAAUGGUUUAUAUGGGAUUUGAAUAUGCAUUUUAACAUGCAGUUAAAAUCAAAGCCUUUAGUCAUGAAACUGGAUAAGAAGCUGAGAACAAAUGGAUGGGCUAUUACCUGAACUUACUCGUAAACAUUUUUUGUUAUACGCACUCUCACACAUGCACACACAAAACCACAUAAAACAGGAAAACUGUUUUAUACUUUUUGUCUCUUUUCAGGAUUUGUCCCAGUCGUUAGUCUUACGUGAGCUUUGAGCUCUUUUCUCUGCAAUUAAUUGACAAUAAUGUUCAGACUUAUAACACUGCCACAUUGUGUAAUUUGAGUGACCUGAACAUAUUUUGUAUGUGCAAAAUUUAAAACAUGGUGCCUAUAUUUGAAAAAUUUGUGACCUUUUUAGAAGAGCCAUGCCAAUUUCACAAUGGGCAAGAGUCAACCUUCAACUGGUGUUAUGGUGACCACUGAACUUGCUUCAAACAACAGAUUCAGAUUUCAGACUAGAUUUCUUUGCAGGUUUAUUUUUAGCAUUCCAUUGAUUACUUCUCAUCAUUAAUAAAAUAAAGGAUACAUCCAACAA